UUCACCAGAGAAACCAUGUUGAAACCUUGUGGAUUUUGUGUUGUUAUCGUUCAGCUGUCUUUGACAGCAGGAAUGAAUGCUGAUUGGAGUGUUCAGAGGACUCCAUUCAGCUCUGAUGUAGGAAACAGGGCAUAUCUUCAUCCUGGAGAUGCUGGAAAGUGGCCAUCUGAUCCUUACAGAGACACCAAGCCCAAACUAAUAACUGGAAUCAAUAAACGUGUGGAUAUGUGGCAGGCAGAAUGUUUGAUAUUCAGCUGUAAUGACACAUUUGAGACAGAAAUGAUGUCUAACCAACAACAUAUGAUGGAUAGGGAAGGAGGUGAUAGUAUAAACAGCCACCAGACUAUAGUUAUCAUGGAAGAGGACCCAGCAGUGAUUGAGGCAGCCACUAACCUCUUUGAGAAGUGUCUCACUCUAUCAACUUUGUUCAGGUACCACAAGGGGGUGCUACAUAUUCUCAGGGGAAGUCAUGUCUUUUCUGCUAGAAAUCAUGAUGUCAUACUGGUCGGCCAUGGUAGUAAUGGUUCCAAUGGAACAGGUCAGUUAGCUGGUUAUGGCCCAGAGGAACUUGCCAGAUUUGUGUCAAGCCUAAAAACUGAAGGCGUCUUUGGUCAUCUUGGCACAAUCACCCUCAUCGGCUGCAACCUUGGAAAGUAUCAGCACUUUGUGUUACAGCUGCUACAAAAUCUCCGGUCUCUCAGAGUGGAAACAAAGCUACACCUACACAAGUCCUUCCUGUCUGUUAGUUCUGGCGGAGAGAUAAUGACUAGGACUGACGGAGUCUGGAGGUCCCAUGACCACAGAGGAAGAGUCACUGCUGAGCUGGACCAAAGAGGAGGCCUGCUUACGAAAGUGGAACUUGGCUGCACCGGGCCGGUGAUUUCUGAUUAUAAAGGAAACGUUUUAUAUCUCCAGACACUGGAGUGGCCAAGCCAACCUCAAAUGUUUGUUCCAGUGGAGCUGCGCAAGAAGUACCCUUCCAUUGAUUGCCUGGAGGGGCUUACUUGGAGCUUGUUCUAUGAGGAGAAUGAAAGAAGGCGUGCUCCUGAUUAUGUCUCAGACAAAAGACUCUUGACAGCAAUUUGGCUUACAGGGCCAGGACCAGAAGAGGACAACAUUGUCUUCAAGCAUAUCACUAACAUUCAGGAUCUGCUUGUAGAGAUACGAUACAAUGCCAAAGAGGAAGUUGGAUCAGACCUUUACUAUGUUCUCAAUGAAUGCAUUUACAAAGUACAUGGGAAAAAUCUAAGUGUGAGUCUGGUGGGCAAGUUCAUGAGUCCUAGUAAUCAAGCUGAAGUAGAAAAUUUCCGUCAGAACUUCAGAGACCAGCAGGGUGAGUCCUCCCUGCAGGAGCUGAGACAGGGUCUCAAAGCAUCCAAAUUCAAUGACUUCUGUCGCCAGACUUUCCAGUACCAGCAGUGUAACUACAACUGUGAGAGAUGGGGUCGUUACUUCAUGGCUGCUGUAUUUUCCGCGUCUGUUUAUAACUUCAGAACCUUCUCGCUUUUCCUCAUGAGUGUCAUAGGUUGUGAAGUAGGCCGCUCACGAGGGACUGACGGCCCCUUGUGCACAGCGUUUGUUGGAGCUGACCAUCCCAUGAUGACUGAACAACCCUGGCCUGAGCAUCUGCGACGAGGAUUCUACGGCUGCACUGUUGACAACUAUGAAAUGGCACCGAAGGACAGACAGAUUUGGUUGGAUGAAGUUGUUGCAAAGGAAAAUGCCCUGUACAUCAAAUCGAAGCAAAUAAUGAAUGCUGUUGACCAUGAUGAGCAAACAGAGCUGGACAUCUUCGGGAAGGUCAAAGUCAUGAAUAGGUAUGUGUUCUCAUCUUAUCUAGAAUUCUUUCGAGGUACACCCGAGGGAAGGAAACUCAAGAGAGGAUGCACUCCCUCUUUCCAUGAGAACUUAAAUCCAUAAUGCCGGCAUAAUAUGUGAUUAGAGUUCAUCUCAUUUGUGUAUUCAUUGCAUAGCUGGUGCUAGUAUUCUUCUUAGCAGAAGGGUCUGACACAUGUUGUAUUCUGCCUGAUACUGAUAUGAUACUGCUAUAAAGUGCUGCAUAAUCUACUGCUUCAGCUUGUUGGCUUGGCUAUGUAUUUGAUUAAUUGGCUAGAAGAAUAGGAACGAUCCAGAUAAUGUACUAAAUUAA